CCUCCCCCAGCCUCACUCCAUCUGUCUCUCUCGCCCUCUCGUCUCGCCUCCCUUUCCAUCCGCCUGCCCUCGUCCAAUAAUAAUAGAUAGGAUCCAUCAUGUCUUAUCCUCCCAACAACUACUCCCAAUACCCCCAAGCCCCUCCUCCCCAGGGCUACUACUCCUCUCAGCCCUAUCCUCCGGCAUCCUAUCCGGCAGCUGCUUAUCCCCCGCAUACAGGAGCCAGUCCGCCACCAUCAGCAGGAGGAGCACCCGGGUAUCUUCCCCAGCAUCAAUCACCGCCACAGCAAUUUCAACAACAGCCCCAACAGCCCCCGUACCAACAACCUCCGUACGCUCCGCCUCAGAACCAGCAUUACCCCCCGCCGCAACAAUACCAACACCACCACCACCAGCAGCAGCAGCAGCAACCAUACCAGCAGGCGCCUUAUGGCCAACCGCAAUGGGGUACCCCCCCCCCCUCCCGGCCAGUACGGUGCUCCUCCUCCCCGUCCCCACAGCGGUCAAUAUCUUCCGCAAGGCCAAUACCCUCCUGCGGCUCAAGGCCAGGGACACUAUCCCCCGCAACCUAGUGCCUACGGUGCGCCUCCCGGAUCCGGAUAUGGGCAUGCGCCGGCAGCCCCCGUUCCCAUGCCACCAUCGUUAGGGUACGACCCGGACCAGCGCGCGCCCGGUGACGCCAGCAAGGAAGCCGAUGCGCUCCGGAACGCCAUGAAGGGCUGGGGCACGGACGAAGCGGCGCUGAUCAACGUGCUGGCGAAGCCCGACCCGCUCCAGAUGGCACUCAUCCGGCACACGUACACGGAGCGGAUCGGGCGGAACCUGGAGAAGGACAUCCGCUCCGAGACCUCGGGGGAUCUGGAAACGACUCUGGUGUCGCUGGCAACGGGGCCGCUGGGCCAGGAUAUCGCGUACCUGCGUGAUGCGCUGUCGGGGAUCGGGACGGACGAGGUGGCCAUCACCGACGUGCUGCUUGGGCGGUCGAAUGCGGACGUACGCGCGAUCAAGUACGCCUAUGUGGGCAAGUAUUCCAAGGCGCUGGUGGACGACAUCAGGAGUGAUUUGUCCGGCAAGACGGAGAAGUUCUUCGUGAUGUUGUUGAAUGCGGUGCGGCCGGAGCGCGCCACUUACUUUGACCAGGCUUCGGUGGAUCACGAUGUGCGCGAGCUGCAUCUCGCGACGCAGGCGAAGACCGGCACGGAUGAGGUCGGGGUGUCGGCGGUGUUUUUGGGCGCGUCGGACGCAAAGCUCGUGGCCAUUUCGCAGGCCUUUGAGGCCAAAUAUCACACGUCGCUGGAGAACGUUGUCAGGAAGGAGUUUACUGGGCAUCUGGAAAAGGCGCUGCUCACGCUGCUGAAGCGCGCGCAGGACCCCUUCAAGUUUGAUGUCGACACGAUGCUGUCGGUCGUUCCUAUCGACAAAUCUCCAGACAUGAAGCGGCUGAUUUACUGGGUCGUGCGACUGCAUUGGAACCCUCCGUACCUGCUGCAGAUCAAGAAUGCGUUGACCCAGCGUACCGGCAGUGAUUUUGGACGGAGGCUCCGGGCUGCGAUUCCCCCUGGCGAUGUGCAGAAUGCCGUAAUGAAGGUGUGGACUUAGCCUUUUUUUUUUUUUUUUUUUUUUUUUUUUUUU